UUCAGCUCCCCAGUAGAGUGGGGUCUGUCACCUUUAAAUGACCACAGUUCGUGUAUAUUAUGGAGCUUGUUUUUAUUUCAUUUGCUUUAUUUUCCAUUCAUUUACAGAGUUGCAUCCAGAAAGAAAAUCUGAUGGGGCAUGCCAGCUCAUCGUGAUUCGGCCGCUAUAUUUUGAGAUUCCUCAGCGUGCUUUUCCUGAGUUCAACCCUCCGACAAAGACCACUCCGCAAACACUCUCUUUUCAAGACUAAAAAUUAACUUGCUGCUAUAUUGUUAGACCAGGCAGUAAACCGCGAUUAACGGAAAAAGGAUGCAGAGAUGUGGAGACUGACAUUCAGGAUGAAAAUACAUCGAAGCUCGGAAAACAGCCAGUAGGCUAUUUUAAAAAUGAAAUUUGAAGCUAUUAGGUGUAUUUCUGUACCUGGUUACUAUAGAGACGAGUGAUGUAAAAUCUGCUAAGUGCUGGAUAAAAGGUUGACAUUUUGUGAGAUACCGAUGAUCAUGAGCAUUCGUGAUCAUGCAUUAAAAGGCAGGACACGGCAGAUGUGCACGGAAGGCGGCGACUUCGCCAUCCUGGCCGCAAACUUUGUUCAUACGCAUUGAGAUCAUGCAUUGAGAUCAUCAGCGGACUGGGGCGCUCCGCGGCUGCGGAUCCCGGCCAGGACAUCGCGGCGCUGGGCGUCAGCGUCGCUCCGGAGCUCCAACAUCUCCGCCCUGAUCUGCGGGGCUGCGGCAGGCUACUUCCCCGGGGAAGAUGUAAAACAAAGAAUUGCUGUCCUCCGUGCCUUUGGGUGGGAGAGAGGUCUCCUCCGGCCGAUCGUGACUGCAGAUGGAGACUGAAGGUCCAGGGACUAUGUGCUGAGGAAGCGUGGUGGCUUCACAUUAACAGCAGACUCUUACUUUGAAGGGAGGAACGCAAGGAUGUAGGAGGCUACUGCAGACCACGUUCACUGUUACGCAUGUAGGUCUCCGGAUAUGGAAGAGGAAGGAAUGCAGCCACCGUGGAUAGACCCCAGCAAAGAACAUGACAUCUAACAUUACAUGGAGUGCUAACUAAGUUGUAGCAUAACACUUGUGUCAAGCUCCUGUCCCCUCCAUCAUCAUUGAGAUAAUGCUAAGUGUCAUUUAGCUUCUUGUUUUUUUUUUGUUUGCGUGAUACUGAAAAUCUUUGAGUCACUAUGGCGGCCACAUACCGGCUCGUGGUCAGCAGUGUUAGCCACUACCAUAGCGUGUUGGUGGACCAGCGUCACCCGCAGGUUGUGCACUACUGCGAAGGACCCUGUAGCCUCCUGAUGCAUGGCUUGGAAUGUACGGCUGCCCACCGGGGCCUCUGUUUUGAGCCAGUGGAUCCUGUACUCACUGGCUCUAAAGAAUUUGUGUCAGAAGCCACCACACUGAAAACAGCUGGAAGUAACUUACGCCACCAAAGGCCUGUGAAUGGAGAAAAGAAUCGCAGAAACUUGCCACGUACUGUUCCUGGAUUGAAGAGGGGGUCAUCUGUUCACACUCCCUUCAGCCUCAAGGAUAUUACAAGGGAUGCCAUAAAUCUGGCUAGUGGGAAGGUCAAGGAGUUCUCCUUCAAUCAAAUGCCCUUACAGACAGGUAGGAAGCUCCGACUGGACCCUCUUGGUCAGAGGUACAAUGAUGUGGACUUUACAGGAAGGCGUUUCUGUGAGAAUGAUGAGAACCUCCCACCAUUCACCCAUCUUCCCAUGACACUCCCAGAGGGCCUGCAAAAAGAGAUCCCUCAGAACACCUCCCCAGAGCAGCACAGCAGCAUCACUAUUACCUCAUUGCCAGACAUGUCAAUCGAGGAGAACCUCAUGGCCCAGAUUCUGCAGUUGACUAAGGUGGAUGCCGGAACCUCUGGGGAAGACAUCAGGUCCUGCCUUAACAUCUUACUCAAGUGCUCCAAUGACCUCAAGAAGUGUACUGACAUCAUCAGGCAGUGCAUCAAGAGGAAGGCUCUUGUUGAGGGCAGAGGGAACCAUGAGAAUGAGAUUAUUUACCGGACAGUGGUGGACCAGCUCUCUAGACAUUUGAAGAAGUGGCCUUUUGGGUUUGAGCAUGAGCUCCCAGGAGCUCAGGAGCACAGUGACUGGUCCAGACUGGUCAGUACUCUCCAUGGGUUUCAGCAGAGCCCACUCUGCUCCAUCAUAGACCAUGAGCAACCCCCCAGGUAUGAGGAUGUUGUCUGCUCCCAAUCCUCAAUUCAAACAGUUUACCCAAACCUUUCUCUUCAUGAGGCCCAAGAGGCUACUGGAGUCCCAUGCAGCAAUGAGAACUCGGUCCAGGGGCCACACUGCCUGCCAUUCCAGGUUCCUCCAUCAGAAAAUGGGGCACAGCAUCAUAUUGGGGUGUCUUCCUUGGCUGCGACCCUUGAUUGCAAUGUAAGCAGCAUCACUGUUGAGAACCAUGAGAAACCUGGGGAGCUUCUGUACUUUGACAAGGAGCCCCAUGAUCUUCAGGUGAUGGACAACAAAAUCCAAGGGGCAGGGAAUUCACUUCUAGAUUCUGUAGGAUUUGCUGCUAAGGCUCUGAUACAGCAGGAAGACCUCACUACACACGCAAGCACCUGUGAAGCUGAAAUACCACAGAAUACCUGGGAGAAGACCAUGGUUGUGAUGGACACCGAGCAGCCCCACUCUGAAGGGCCAUGUGAUACAUGCCAGGGCACAGAGGGGGUGAGGUCUCCAACACCAAGUUGUAGAGGAGCUUCCAGUGACAAAACUGAUGAAAUGCCAGUGGAUUCAGAGCACCAUGACAUAGACAAGGAGCCAAGGUUCAGAAACUAUGGCCAACAGACAGAUAACCUCCAGCGUACAACCUCAGACAGUAAGAAACUGGCAGGAGGUGGCACUCUCCAAGAGGCCCCAGCUGAGCCUGAGGGUCUGCCCGAAGCGCCCGCUGGUGGCCAAACCAGCCAUGAUGAAGAAAUGAAGGAUCAGGAUGAUGCUCUGCUUCUGCAGAUCCUGGAGCAAAUUGAAAGCUUUGCUCAGGGGCCAUCAGAAGGUGGUGUGGCCAUCAGUUCGGGGACCGGGACUCCCACUCAGGAACCAGAGUCAACAAAGCCGCUGCAGGACACUGUAUUCAUCACUGUGGGUACUGACAAGGUAAACCCUUUACCACCAGAGGCCACUGGUGAAGAACACAAGUCGGUGGAAAUUCAGCAGGAUCCAGAAGUCAUGAAGAGCGAUGAGAACACCAGGCCCCUUCCCCACACGGCUCCCCCAGCAGGAGAGGUCACGCGGGGCAUCAUCCCCAGCUUCAACUUCGCCAGUGGGGUCCCCAUGGCCCUCGGCACUGACCUGGAUCUGACAAAAGCCCAGAUCGAGGUGGUGUUCACAGAGCUGGGGGAGCAGAGGGCCACCAUGCGGGAGAUGGGCAAGAUCACCAAGGCAUGUGGCUACCCACUGUACUGGAAGGCCCCGCUGUUCCACAGCGCUGGCGGAGGGAAGACCGGCUCUGUCUCUGCCAGCUCAUUGAUGGAGACAUGGAGGAAGUUGUCACUGCGAUGUCAUGAUGACUCAUCCAAGUUCGUGUACCUUCUGUCCAAACCAGACUACACUUACGUGGAGCAAGAGGAUUUCGUCUUUUUGUUACAGGACAUAGUAAACAGUCACCCUGGCCUGACGUUUUUGAAGGACGCACCCGAAUUCCACUCCCGCUAUAUAACCACAGUGAUCCAGCGGAUCUUCUAUACAGUCAACCGCUCCUGGACAGGGAGGAUCACAGCCCAUGAGUUGAGGAGGAGUAACUUCCUGGAGACCCUGGCUGCACUGGAGGAGGAAUCUGACAUCAAUCAGGUCACCGACUAUUUUUCCUACGAACAUUUCUAUGUCAUCUACUGCAAGUUCUGGGAGCUGGACACGGACCACAACCUGCUGAUAGACCACAGGGACCUGGCGAAGUAUAACUACCAUGCUUCAUCAGAGAGAAUCGUAGAGCGUCUGUUUUCCGGGGCUGUCAGCAGGGGGAGCUCAGGCCAGAGCAAGCACAGGAUGAGCUAUGCGGAGUUUGUGUGGUUCCUCAUCUCUGAGGAGGACAAGAAGACCCCAACCAGUGUGGAAUACUGGUUCCGCUGCAUGGACCUGGAUGGCGAUGGUGUCCUGUCCAUGUAUGAGCUGGAGCACUUCUACCAGGAACAGAGCCACCGCCUUGAGGCCAUGGGCGUUGACCCGCUGCCCUUCCAUGACCUGAUGUGCCAGGUGCUGGACCUGGUCAGACCCCAGCGGCCGGGUAUGAUCACCCUCCAGGACCUGAAGAGGUGUGGCAUGGCCCAUGUCUUCUAUGACACCUUCUUCAGCCUGGAGAAGUACCUGGAGCAUGAGCAGAGGGACCCCUUUGCCAUUCACAAGGAGGUGGAGCGUGCUGGGCGGGAAGUCUCUGACUGGUGUCGCUUCGCGGCAGAAGAAUAUGAGGUCCUGGUAGCGGAGGAGUCAGAGAGCGAGCAUCUGGAGGAUGAGUCUUCGGAGGGUGACACAGAGUCUGAGACAGUGGCGGUCUCCUUGGAAACAGCAAGUGACGCUCCGGAGCCAGUCACGUCGGAUUAAACACACCACAUGCUACAAAUGCUCCCCACACACAAACGCAAAUGUGCAACAUGCAAUCCUGUUUGUAAAGACAAAUUUGAAGCACAAAUACAUUGUGUGGUGCUGACUGAUUAACAGAAAAGGGAAGCAUCCUGUUUUUAAUGUUUUUAACUACUCUGACACUUUUCUGUACAUUCCCGUUGGUCUGCAGUUGACCUGUGGGCCUAACAGAAGACUUUUUUUGUGCUGUGCGUUUUCCUGAUUUGUAUGCAUCACAAACCCACCAUUGUUUCAGAAUAUUUAAACUACUUCAGAACAUUAGGUCAGUGGUAAUGGAUGGAGCCUGGCACCUAGCGGCAAUUUUUGGUACUACACUGUCAAAUUUCGAGCUGAACAGAAGUGGAGGAAAACUUUCACAGUAACGCCAAGAGCAGCAAAAUGCCAUGGACUGGAUUGUUUUCUUUUUAAAAAUUUCCUUAAUGGGAAUGAUGGUACAAGAUCAUCGUAACUCAAUUACAGGGGAACUGGAUUAUUUUUUUGGCACUGUGAUGGACAGAGGGGGUGUAAAUAGCAUAAUAUGUUAUGGGUUCUUACAUAAUGUGCCGGCAGAAUGUGUUAACUAGGGUAACUGGGGUUCAAAGGGAUUUCUAUUGUUGUACCAAUAUGUGUUUGUUUAGUGGACACUGACGAACUGCAGGUAACUUUAAAGAUGCUAUAGGUGUGUUCUGGGUUAAGGAUCUGUACCUUUAAGGUCAGUCUUCAGGUUGUCUGACCAAUGGAGACAGGAGGACAUCGGUCAUGGCUGCUUGUAUGGGCUAUAAGGAUGGACUUCUGUUCAUGCAUUAGCGACAAUCAUCCCUGCAUUUAAAAACAUCUUUAGGGGGAACAGAAACUGGUCAAUGAGCGUGACAGCCCUGAAAGUGACUGUGGUACUGUGCUCUGAGCAGAAUGAAACACAACAAAAGCAAAGUAUCUCGCAGGAGGAGGAACAGAAUGACAAAUGAAAGGAAGCUGUCUGCAGUGUGACUGGCCCUUUAAGAAACCAACUCAAAGGAUGUCGGCGAUGGAACUGAAAACAGUUUGGCAGAAGUAAAACUGAAAUUCAGCACAAACGCCAGGCAGAGCAGGAGAGUCGACCUUCCAAGCCUCCCUGACGUCACACGGGGACAAGCAGCAUGUGAUGUUAUCUUCUACUUGAAGGCCCCCCCAGAGGGGUUGGGGGGGAGGCAACCGAAAGUUUCGGUAACAAAUGGACGGAAGUGAAGGAGAGCACAGAGCAGACAGCACCAGGGUAUGUCCACUUGCUCCUGGACAGGCCAUUCAGGGCGUGAAUGGUUUACCAUGGUGUUGCCGUGGUAAUUACAUCACCACGGAAACAGCCUUGGUUACGACAUGUCUGGAAAAUUUCAGAGAUGGAAUGAGUGCUGUGAAAGACUUUUCACUUCAGCCUCACUUUCCAAAAUAUCUUCAAAAAAAUGGAAAUGUAUCCCAAAAAAAGAGAAUUAGCAGUUCUUCUUUGCUAACCACAGAGAUUGACCUUUAGGUCAAAGACAGCAAUCUCUGUAUCUCCUCCUGCAGAUGUUUCACUUAGCAUGUCAGAAUAUGGAGUAUUUGGUUAUCGGACCAUUUAAUUAUUCAGACCUUCCUCUGUACUUCUGCAUUGUCGUAGAAGUGGGACUUUUUCUAACUGAAAAUGCAAAAAACCCAGAAAAGUCCUUCGCGAAAAUUUUUAUGACUUUCGGAGUAUCUCACAGGAGACUCUAAAUGGUUACAUGUUAUGUCCAAAUACCCCUCCAGAGAUCUGAGCUGUCAAAUAUGUUAUAUCACUGCGUUAACCACCCUGCCCCCUGUUGGCAUCUCUCGAAAGCACAUGCCACUAGUAGCACUGAAUAUCUCCAGAUUCAGGUGAAUUUACUUGUGCCUGUGAUGUCCAGCUCCUGAAUUUUCACCAUAACAGGAAGACACCGGACUGGAAGGUUGUCUGUUUCAGUCCCAAGAAUAGUGCAGCCGUUCAAAUUUUACUGAAAUCUGUUUGACCUAAUCGGUAACAGAGCUGUAUCCGGUGUUCAAAUCACAUUUUUGGCUUGUGGGAAAAACUAACGGUGGUGUGCGGCAGCAUUCCAGGUGUCUGACGUCACAGUGACAUGGGCGGGACUCGUGCCUUUUACUUGUGCAUGGGGGCGAGUCCGAUGCAGAGCAGACGCACGUAGAGACACUGAAUCCAUUGCGUGGCCUGCGCCAGCGCGACGCAUCAAAGCCGUGACUCAGCGUGGAAACAUUCACAGCCUGACGUGAUGACAAUCGCUGUGCAUCCUGUUUUCUCUUGACUGCUUUUUUUGUCCUUCUGUGUUUCAAAAGGUGAGGAGGCAUCCAGUCCCUCACGCUGAAUCGCACACACGCCAUGCCCUUUCCCACCAAAACCUCGCAGAAGCCUUUGAUCUUAUAAAAAUUCAGCUUUAUCACUUUACAAGUGUGUUUACUGCCAUCCAGACAUCAACCUUCCUGCUUUCUAAAGUCCACCUUAUCUUUAUGUUCUUGUUCUUUAGUGUUUUACCUAAAGAGCAGGGCCCGAUCCAGGCAUAGGCAUAGCCGGCAGCUGCCCAGUCGCCAUAAGGAGGCCUGGGCAAACUCAUAAAGAUACAAUGAUCCCCCGCUAUAUCCCAGUUCAGCUAUCGCACCUCCGCUAUAUUGCAGAUUUUUCCCAAACGCAUCACAGUUCUCUGCGAUGUUUGUAUAUAUAUACAUAUACAUUACAUAUUAUUAUUA